UUGGAAUCAAACAAUAAUAUAAUGAAGAUUCAGAAUACAAGAGUGAUGAAUUAUAACAUGAGUGUCAUUAUUUUGGCCAUGAUUACACUUCUUCUCCCAUUUUCAGCCCAAAUUAAGCAGGAAGAGAGAGUAGAAUUUAUCAAAUCUUCUGACAAAACUUUAGAGAUGGUCUUUGAAGUAGAAAUUUAUGAGCCUCAGAAUAAAGCAUCGAACUCCGUCAUCAUUGACUAUAUGAUAGACUUUGCUCUGAACAAAGCUAAAGCUCAUAUCACAUCAGUCGGACAAAAGGCACAAGCUAUAGAAGUAAUUUGGGACUACUCGUCUGGAGAGAUCUUUUAUUAUUUUAAUCAAACUGGAGAAUGAAUUUGUAGCCAGAUUCCUAAAGUUGAUUCAUUUUAUGCUUUCCAAGAUUUUAUAAUCAAUAACACAACUUUCAUUGGGAAUAGAGGGAGGAAUUUAGAGCUCUGGCAGCUUGAUGUCCCAAAUAAGCCAGAAGAAGGAAUCUGGCUAUAUGCUAAACGAGACAAAGAAAUGAAAUAUAACUUUGUCUCAUUCCAACAUUAUAGCAACCAUGUAUCAAAGAUUUCUGGGAAAUUUAUGGACGAACUAAAAUACUCCUCUAUAUCAUCAUCUGAUUUACAAAUCUCUCUAUGCCUGUCCUCUCUCGAUAUAGCUGUUGAUGUCCUUCCUAGUCAAUACCUUGACAUAGUAGAAGUCCUUAACCUAGGCAUGCUAAAUGGCAGUAAAUCCUAAUCAUUCCCAACUGUAAUUCCAGUUCUUUCCCAUUUUUACAAA